UCUCCUCUUCUUCUCUCUGCAGUUACGCUGGACUUUUCUGACACACGCUCAGACAUGUCCUAUGUCUUCAUCAAUGACUCGUCCCAGACUGCGGUGCCUCUGCUGCAGGCUUGUAUCGACGGGGACUUACCCUUUGCCAAGAGGCUCUUGGAGACGGGCUGUGACCCGAACAUCAGGGACAACCGCGGGCGCACCGGGCUGCACCUCGCCGCCGCCCGGGGCAACGUGGAGAUAUGCCGACUUCUGCACAAGUUUGGGGCCGAUCUCCUAGCAACAGAUUACCAAGGCAACACAGCCCUGCAUCUGUGCGGACAUGUUGAUACCAUACAGUUUCUGGUGUCCAAUGGGCUCAAGAUUGAUAUCUGUAAUCACAAUGGCUCAACGCCGCUGGUUUUGGCGAAGCGUCGCGGUGUGAACAAAGAUGCCAUCCGUCUGCUGGAGGGUCUAGAGGAACAGGAAGUGAAGGGCUUCAACCGCGGAGCUCACUCCAAACUAGAGACCAUGCAGAUGGCCGACAGCGAGAGUGCGAUGGAGAGCCACUCGCUCCUGAAUCCAAACCUGCAGCACACAGAGGGCGUGCUGUCUAGUUUCCGCACCACAUGGCAGGAGUUUGUGGAGGACCUGGGCUUCUGGAGAGUUCUGCUUUUGCUCGUCGUCAUAGCACUGCUGUCUCUGGGCAUCGCCUACUAUGUCAGCGGAGUCCUGCCAUUCUCCACCAGCCAGCUUGAGCUCGUGCACUAAGACUACACCCACACCACCCACAGGACAGUACAAGACAAUACACAGUUUAACACUACCAGACAAAGGUUUGGACACACUUUUUCAUUUAUGUUGUUUCUCUUUUUUGUCAUUUUAUUUUUAUUGACGGUUUUACAAAAUAGUAAAAGAACAACAAGUGCAGUUGGAGGUAUACUAGUACAUGCAUAGACAGAGCAGCACAAACCAUUCACUAGACUUCGUUUGCUUUGAUCACAGUGGCCAAUUGACACUUCUAGAUUCAAUUUCAGGGGACUUGAAUAUUAAAUAUAAAAUAUAUUUAAAGUUUUUUCCUUUACUACAUAAUUCUUAUAUAUUGCAUCAUAUAUUUGAUGUCUUCUGUAUGUAUCUAAAGUGUCCAAACUUUUGACUGGUUGUGUACUUAAUUAUUGGGAGAAAGUCUGGUUACACUUUAUAAUAACUACUAAUUAACUACUAACUAAUCUUAAUUAGCCUCAAUAAAGCAUGAAAAAAGACUUAUCGGUAAUUCAUAAUGAACAAAUAGUUUAUUAAGAAUGACUGGCGCUUAUUUAGGUUCAGAUUUGUAACCCUAACCUUUAGAUUAGCAGUAUAGAUUAUGGGGAUAUGUAAGUAGUUACUAAAUCUGAAUCUUCUUAAAAGGUACAUUUUGUAUCUUUUCUGGUGGAGGGUCCGUCAAAUGCUUUUCUCCAUAUACUGUAGAUGUUAUUGCUUUGUCUGUAAUGUUUCACAGUAUGGUCUUAAACCUCUCUAUCCGUAUGGAGACCAAACCAGACCAAGUUACAGGUCAGAUCUGUGGAGAGGCAACCCUGCUCAUUCAGAAUGCCUGUUUUUCAAGGUAUUUUUGAGCUAUAAAACCACCUGCAAUUUAAUAUAUGUAUGGUAGAGCUGUUUAAAGUCAUACAGUGGAACAUUCCAGGCAGAGCAAUGACAUAUCCAGUGAAACAAGCAGGAGAUGGACCCCAAACCAAAAGUAGUAGUGCACAAUUUGUUCAUUUUGAAUUAAGUCUUUCUUCAUGUUUUUUAUUAAGACCAGUUGGGUGUAGGUAUUAUAAAUGUCAUAGAAUGUCUACUAUUUUCUCUCUGAUUUGGUCAUCUGUCACAAGGUCUUAGACUUGUUAGAUUUAAAAUAAUGAGCUUGUACAGUAAAGGUAUUUCCGGCUGCAAGUACAAAUAUUUCCAAGAUUAAAGUUAACUUAAAAUGAAUCUUUAGAUUUUUGUUAUCUUGUGCUAUGAGUGGGUUGCUUAGGCAUAUCAAGUAGUUAUCAAUGCAUUUCCACUUUGGAGUAGCUGACAGGUUAAAGAAAAGCUGUUCUAAUUUGGUGGUAGCAGCCUACUUCUGUUGUGGCUGAAGUGUGUUGCCCAGUGGCACAACAUCAGUCCCCAAUGCAGGAAAUGGGGAUCAAAUUGGCAACCUUUGACGGGGUGGUAAAUAUAUUUAUAAACUGAGCUGUUGUUGCUCUAAUAUUAUAAUCUUUGUAUGUAAACUAAUAGGGUUAACAAACUUUCUCCAUAGGUGCAAUCAUACUCUGUCCAGGUUUAGUCCAGGUUUAGUCCCACUUCAGUCUCAGUUUUGUAGUGGUUUCAUGUCCAGAGGUGGGUAGUGUAGCCGAAAGUUGUACUUGAGUAAUGUUACUUCAAAAUAAUAUUACUCAAGUCGAAGUGCAAAGUAGUGGUCCAAGAAGUUAGAGUUAACUUAGAGUAACUGUCAGGACGUAAGAUCUGAUUUAUAAUUUAAAGUUAAUGUAAUUUGAAUGACAAAACAUUAAGCACACACAAAAUCUGCUCUGAAAUUUUCAUCUCAUUUCAUUUUAUCAACAUAAAGCUUUUGUCACUUGUAGACUUACUCAAAUAAUUAUACUGCUACUUAAAUGAAAAUAUUACUCAAGUAGGAGUAAAAGUACGCUACUAGAAAAGAACUUUGAAAAAAACAGUUUCUUUAAAAAGUUACUCAAGUAAAUGUAACUGAGUACUACCCACUUCUGAUCACAGUAGUAUUAGUAGUAGUAGUAGUAAUCUCUGGAAAUGUUCUCUUGUCAUCUUCUCCAAACUUGACAUAUUAAAACAGUUAGCCACGUUCACAUUCACACAAAACAGAAAUGCUCUUUGUAUAUAAAAAUGUAUGAUUGCCUCAGCUGACAGGAACAAUUACUGUAAUAUGAAGUAACAGUCUUUCUAUUGUCUCAUUUGUAUUGUAUUAUUUGUGAUUAGUUAAUUUUAUCUGUUACAAGCUGUACAUUGUCUAUUGUAAUCUAUUUAUCACUUAUUUUCCAUGUAUUUUGUCUAAUUUGCAUAUGACUUUUGCCUGUUAAAAUGCUUUGUAUAGGUUUGUUUGCAUAAUCCUGUGCCUUUUGAAGGACACGCUUCACCUGUGACAUUCCUGCUUUAAGUCAUGCAGUUUACCUUUGCAGCCGAUCAAUAAUGAAAGACAGUGUUGUACAUUUAUUAUUUUAAUGUUCAAUCUUAAUUAUAGGAACCUAAUUUAACAAACAAAUAAACUCUUCUAAAAUUA